AUGGAGAUGGGUUUGGGCAGUGGAAGCAAAAGCAAUGCAGCUGCUAGAAUUUUAGCCAUUACACUGCCGAUAGUCGGUGCAAUACUCGCUUCUGUUGUCAUUUUCCUUUGUCUGUGGACGAAAAAGAGCAAACCGGUACGAAAGGCAUCAGUAUCAUAUCCAACCAAUCCCGAGGACAUAGAGAGUAUUGAAUCACUCUUUCUAGAUCUAUCAACUCUGAGAGCCGCAACAGAUAACUUUGAUGAACGCAAUAAACUUGGUGAAGGAGGGUUUGGAAUUGUUUAUAAGGGAAUACUUCCUGGCGAUGAAGAAAUAGCAGUUAAAAGGCUAUCACAAAGUUCUCGGCAAGGGAUAGAGGAGCUGAAAAAUGAGCUUGUUUUGGUUGCUAAGCUUCAACACAAGAAUUUAGUGAGACUUGUAGGUGUUUGCUUGGAAGAACAUGAAAAAUUACUUGUGUAUGAGUACAUGGCCAACAAAAGCCUUGACACCAUUCUUUUUGAUCCUGAUAGGAGUUGUCAGCUGGACUGGGGAACGAGAUUUAGGAUAGUUAACGGGAUUGCUCGAGGAUUACAAUAUCUCCAUGAAGAUUCUCAGCUGAAGAUAAUUCACCGGGACCUCAAAGCGAGCAAUGUUCUGUUAGAUUCAGAGUUUAUUCCUAAGAUUUCAGAUUUUGGCUUAGCAAGGCUCUUUGCCAGUGAUCAAUCACAAGAUGUCACCAACCGUGUGGUCGGAACCUACGGAUACAUCUCCCCUGAGUACGCUAUGCGUGGGGCUUAUUCUAUCAAAUCCGAUGUGUUCAGCUUCGGCGUUUUGAUUUUAGAAAUCGUUACAGGAAGAAGAAACAAUGUCUCAUAUGACUCCGAGCAGUCUAUAGAUCUCUUAAGUUUGGUAUGGGAGCACUGGACAAUGGGAACAAUUUUGGAGAUCAUGGAUUUAUCCAUGAUCUGCCAUUCUCCUGGAGACCAGAUGCUGAAGUGCAUGCACAUUGGACUUCUAUGUGUUCAAGAAAACCCCGCAGAUAGACUGUUGAUGUCGCUUGUGACUGUCAUGCUUUGCAGCAGCACUGUGUCUCUCCAAGCUCCAUCCAGGCCAGCUUUCUGCACCGUAAAAAGUGGCGCUAAUGACUCAGACACUCACACGGAGCAAUACCGAGGAAACUCACAGUCUACAAGCCGGUCACCUAUGUCACCGAACGAAGUUUCGAUCACUGAACUUGAGCCGAGAUAAAUCCGAGUUCAUUUUCCAUCCCUGCCAAAAAAUAUAUAGCGAUUUUUUUAUGUAGGGAUAGGCCUUACUUCAUAAUUCAUAUGUAUUAUUUGCUCACCACCGUGGUGGAAGAUAGUUUUACUCGGCAAUGAAAGAAUACACCAGUGUAACUAUAUAUUGGGGUUGUGUACUAUUCGGGUGACUUAACAUUAUUCAUGCAUAAGCCACAUUCUUUAUCCACGCAUUUAUCUUAUGAUCAA